AUGGUGGGAACGAUCUACGCAAUGAUGGAAGUCCACUUUCAGGCAAAGAGUACGCAGGUCGAACCUCCGAAAGAGGACAUCUUUAAGACGUAUAAUUAUGCACGGCGGUCAGAGCAAGUAUAUGAUGAACACAACAAGUUACUGAAGUUCAAAAUUUACGACAACUUCGAUAACGCAGCAAAGGUGCUAGGCGAGCUGUGGAAUCUGCUACGCAAGGAGAAUGUCUUGGGAGAAUUGGGAUCUUCAGGAACUGUUUCUUAUGACCAGCAUGGGGGAGGUUUUUAA